AUGGAUGCAAGACAUGCCAAGCCGCCGGAUAUUUUGAUUUCCUCGUUAAACCCUAAUAAGGGUUUUGCUACGCGAACUUUGAACAUUGAUGGUAAAACUUUCUGUCCACGUAGGGGUGUUUCGUCUGAUGUUCAACAAGGGCCGAAGAUUGUUAACAUAAUAGACGAACUUACCAAGAUCACAGUUCCAGUUGAUAUUCAAGCCGAUGGCCAAGAUGUCGCUAACCCUGAGGCUGUGCAUGUGGUAGGUGAGAGUUCGAACCCUAAUAAUUCUCCUCAGGUUACAUAUGCAGAUAGGGUUAAACUCAAUAUGAGAGGGAAACGUGAGGUUAACUUCAGACUACUCGAAUCCACGGAGACAGUGGAGGAGGCUGAUGUGGUUAUCCCGAAAGAAGCUGUUCGGCAGGUACAAAAGAAAUUUGAGAACGUUCUUUAUGGUUAUUUUCUGGGUGAUAGAUUACCGUUUCCGGUAGUUGAAUAUUAUGUAAAGAACGUUUGGGCGAAGUAUGGUUUUGUUAAGGCUAUGAUGAACUCUGACGGGUUCUUCUUCUUCAAGUUUGACUCUAAGGAGGGUAUGAAUAAAGUUCUUGAGGGGGGUCCAUGGUUGAUACGUAAGAUGCCGUUAUUCCUGAAUGUAUGGGGUCCGACAAUAAGUUUAAAGAAAGAUGGUAUUAAGUCUGUUCCUGUUUGGAUAAAGUUUCAUAAUGUUCCUCUUGCUGUUUACACUGAUGAUGGUCUUAGUCUUCUGGCUUCGAAAGUUGGUAUUCCCAAGAGGCUAGAUGCUUACACAGCUGAUAUGUGUAUUGAUAAUUGGGGUCGGACUAGUUAUGCUCGUGCCUUGGUGGAGAUAAAUGCAGAAAACGAGCUUAAGAGUCAAGUAGUAGUUGCUAUUCCAAAGAUGGAUGAAGAGGGUUUUGUAAAGGAAAGCAUUAGAAUUGAGUAUGAGUGGAAACCACAUCGUUGUGAUACUUGUCGAUUAUUUGGCCAUAAUAAUUUGUCUUGCCCGAGAACUCCGAAGGAUAAAGCUAAACAGGUUAUUAUUGAUGAGGAGGGGUACAUUAUGGAUAAAAGGAAAACAGCAAAGAAUGGCUUUCCACAGAAAAAACAGAAGCCGAAAUUUGUGUACAAGCCUAAGUCUAACUCAACUGGUGCUAGUACGUCAGGAACGAAAGAACAGCCGGAAGCCAAAAAAGUGUCCUAUCAUGUGGAUACUCAAAACAAGUUUGAAAGUCUAGCUGAUGAUUCUUUGAAAUUAGGAACUUUAAACGAGCUGAAUUAUGAUGACCCGAUUUAUGAGAAAACUGAUGGUUCAGGGAGUAGUCAAGUUGAGAAGAGUUCAAAACAACUAAAUCCGAGUAAUGUUGAGGAGGAGGGCUUUCUUGAUCCCUUCCAAACGGAAGUUUCGUCGUUUAUGAGUCUGAAUAAAAAGAAUGAUCGUUCUGAGGGGGCAAGCACUCCCGUUGACAUGGAGUCUCAUGUGGAGGUUUCGAAGCUGUCGAAAGUGUGUGGUAGAGUGUUUAAAAAGUGGGAAUGGACGUCCAAUGGUGGGGUUUGUAACAAAGGGACCAGAAUCAUUGUGGGAUGGAAUGAUGACCAUAUUCAGCUUAUGGUGCUAGCUCAAACAGACCAGGUUAUGCAUGUUCAGCUUAAGUCUAACAUCGAUUCCAAAGUAUUGUUUGUGUCUUUUGUCUAUGCCAAGAAUACUUACCAAGAGCGACGGGUCUUAUGGCAAGAUAUAUGCAAGCAUAGGUUGGUAGUCAGGAACCAAUCGUGGAUUGUGAUGGGGGAUUUCAACUCGGCCCUUUAUAUGGAUGAUUGCCUGCAUGGAUCUUCCACUCCAACGAUAGGUAUGAGGGAUUUUUUUGAAUGUGUUCAACAUAAUGAGUUGCUGGAUAUUCAAGGCCAUGGUCUUCAUUUCACGUGGAAUCAAAAACCUAGAGACGGUAUAGGCAUCCUAAAGAAGAUUGAUCGGGUGAUGGGUAAUGUUUCUUUCUUGGAUGAUUUUCCGAAUGCCCAUGUGGUUUAUCACCCUUACCGGUUGUCGGACCACACUCCAUGUAUUUUGAAAACGGCUAGAGAGGUUCGGCUAAAGCCAAAGCCUUUCAAGUUUGCUAAUUUCAUCGCUGCUAAAGAUGGUUUUAAGGAGUGUGUUAUGGCUGAAUGGAGCAAAAACGUUGUAGGUAUUCCGAUGCUCUCAGUGGUAAAAAAGCUUCGAAACCUCAAACACCCAUUACGGAUCCUUCUUCACAAGCAAGGUAAUUUGCAUGCUAAAGUUAAUGAUCUUAGAGCUAGUCUGGAUGAUGUUCAUAAGCUGAUUGACCAGAACCCGUUUGAUGCUGACCUUCGGAUCAAAGAAUCAAACAUUAUAAAGGAGCUCCAUAGUGCUGCGUAUGAUGAGGAGUCGUUUGUGAAACAGAAGGCUAAGCUUGAUUGGCUUAGUGCGGGAGAUGGCAACACGACAUAUUUCCACAAUUUCGUUAAGAGUAGGAAUGCAAGGAGCAAAAUUCAUUCAAUCAACGAUGCUAAUGGUAAUCAUUUUGAAGGGUCUGAUGUGGAAUGUGCUAUAGUUGAUCACUAUAUGAAGUUUUUGGGAGUUGAAUCUGCGGUUGAGGACAUGAAUCUUGAGGAUUUGUUUUCAAAAACCGUUAACCCAGUUGAAGCUAAUCAUAUGAUUCGGCCAGUGACUCGUGAAGAAAUAAAGGCUGCAAUGUUCAGUAUUGGAGAUAAUAAAGCUCCAGGGCCAGAUGGUUAUACGUCAGUCUUUUUCAAGAAAACUUGGGAUAUAGUGGGUGAAGAGGUCUCGGAUGCGAUUAUGCAGUUUUUUGAUAAUGGUAAAUUGCUUCAGCAGGUUAAUCAUACUAUAAUUGCUCUUGUCCCUAAAGUUCCUACUCCCUCGUCGGUGCUAGAAUAUAGACCCAUCUCUUGCUGCAAUGUCAUUUUUAAAUGUAUUAGCAAAAUUUUGGCAGAUCGAAUAAAAGGAAGUUUGGGUGGUUUGGUGAAUAUGAAUCAAUCAGCGUUCGUUCCGGGUAGGAGGAUUUCUGAUAAUAUUCUGCUCACUCAGGAGUUAAUGCAUAAUUACCAUCUUCAUAAAGGAAAACCAAGGUGUGCCUUCAAGAUUGAUAUUCAGAAAGCCUAUGAUACGGUUAGCUGGUCUUUUCUAAAGUCUAUUCUAACCAAUUUUGGUUUUCCAAGUAGAAUGGUUGAUUGGAUUAUGACAUGUGUUUCCACUGUAUCCUUUUCUUUGAGCGUUAAUGGGAAUCUUUGUGGUUAUUUCAAAGGUAAAAGAGGUCUUAGACAAGGUGAUCCUAUAUCCCCUUAUUUGUUCACGUUAGUUAUGGAAGUUCUUUCGUUGCUGUUACAAAAAGCUGCUGAGCAACAUCCUGCUUUCAGAUAUCAUGAUAAGUGCAAGCAACAGAAGAUUAUUAACGUGUCUUUUGCUGAUGACUUAUUCCUGUUUGUUAAUCCUGACAUGGUCUCUGUUAAAGUGAUGCGAGAUACUUUGGAAUUGUUUACUAGAAUUUCGGGAUUAUCCCCGAAUCUAGCUAAAAGCACUAUAUUUUUUUGCAAUGUCUCUUCCGUGGUCAAGCAGGAAAUUCGAUCUCUUUUGCCGUUUCAAGAGGGAGAUCUCCCUGUUAGGUAUUUGGGAGUGCCGCUAAUAUCUACCAAACUCAUGUAUAAGGAUUGCAAGAUUCUAGUGGACCGGGUAGAUAAAAAGAUUGAUCAUUGGAUGAAUAAAUCUCUUUCUUUUGCGGGAAGGCUCCAACUGAUUAAAUCAGUCAUAUCGGCUAUGCACAUUUAUUGGGCUUCUGUGUUUAUGCUUCCGGCUCGCAUUAUUGGUGAUAUUGAAAAAAGGAUGUGUAAUUUUUUAUGGAGUGGGGGGCUGAAUAAAGUUGCCCAUCCUAAAGUGGCAUGGAAAAACGUUUGUCUUCCUAAGUCGGAAGGGGGAUUGGGUAUUCGAAGGAUACAAGAUAUGAACAAAGCUCUUCUCGCGAAUCAUGUAUGGAGUAUUUUGCUUAAAAGGGAGUCGCUUUGGGUUAAAUGGGUCCAUUCUUACAGGAUUAAGGGUAAGAAUUUUUGGGAUAUUCCCUUUCGGGGCAGCAUGACUUGGGGGUGGCGAAAAAUUCUAAUGCUUCGAGCUUCCGUUCGUCAGUUUGUUUGGUAUGCUAUUGGUAAUGGCCGGAACACGAAUGCGUGGCAUGACAACUGGUGCGAUCAAAGCCCUUUGGGAGAUUUCAUUACUCCAAGACGUAUACAUGGGGCGGGGUUUAAUAUGAGUUCUAAUGUUGCAGAUCUUGUAAGUCACCAAAAUGAGUGGGUGUGGCCUGCUUCGUGGUUUCAGUUAUAUCCGGUCUUGAGGAACCUUAUGCCGCCAAUCCUUAACCAAAAUGUUCCAGAUAGGUUGAUAUGGAAGGAUAGACAAGAUAAGCAUAGGGAGUUUAGUGCGACUGAAGUUUGGGAGAACAUUCGCAUGCGUGGGGAAGAGGUACAUUGGGCUGAAUUGGUGUGGUUUAGUCAAUGUAUCCCGAGACACUCGUUUCACAUGUGGCUCGUUAUUAAAAAUAAGCUGAAAACUCAGGAUCGUAUGGGGAUUUCGGACGCCGGUAGUGCAACUAAUUUAAAUCUCAUGUGUUGUCCGCUUUGCUGGAACGGUAAAGAUUCUCGUGAUCAUUUAUUUUUUCAAUGUUCUUAUGGGUUGCAAGUGUGGAAUACGGUUAAAGAUUUGGCUUACAUGGAAACAGUUGAUGCCAAUUGGGACUCUAUUAUGAAUUGGUUUUCACAAAAUCCUUCGGGUAAGUCGUCAGAAUCCUUAGUUGGUAAAAUGGUUGUUGCUGCUUCAACUUAUUUUAUCUGGCAAGAAAGAAACAAUAGGUUAUUUUCUCCAAAGCAGCGGAAUGCUGCCUUGAUCGCAAAUAUAAUUCUCCAUACGGUCCGCAUGAAGUUGAUGACGUUCAAGGCAGGGAGAGGAUCCAAGAACCCGUUAUUGUUACAGCGGUGGAAGUUCCAAGUGAAGACUAUGAGCAUUGACCCAGGCUAG